AUGACAGUAGAAAUUCCAAAUAUCAAAUCCAUUGCCAUAAUUGGGGCGGGUCCCGGUGGUCUUGCCUCGCUUUAUGAAUUUCUUCAUACAAAUAAAGAUGGUACGUCCACUAUUCGUGACCCCAAAUCCCAUACAGCUCCAUCACCAGGAAACUACCCCAAAGCGGCUGAUCCAGCAUUUGAUAAGAUAGUUGUGUUUGAACAAAAGGAUCACCCCGGUGGGAUUUGGGCUCCAGCUACUUUGGAAGCAGAUUUGCCAGUACCACCUCAGGAAAUAUUAGAUGCUGAAAACUAUAAUGACCCUAGGUACGUGAGACCGAGAACUGAAGUGCCUGAAGGCGUCAAAGGUGCAACUGUUGAUAAGCCUUUUGUCACGAAAGGUGAACCAAAUACAAAAAGUGGAAACUUUAAAGUUCGCAAGCAAGCUGAAGUACCGGAAACUGAGGUUAAUAAGUCCGAGGGUGAGCAAUUGAUUGAUGAAUUGCAAUGGAAAAGAACUGGUAUUUUCCCAUUUUUAUUCACAAACAUUCCACAACGUUUUACUAGAUUUAGUUACUUGCCCGAUGAAGAAGAGUUUCACAACAAGCAAAGAAAGAUUUAUCCCUUUUUGACCCAUCAAGAAUUGUCUCAAAAAUUUACCGAUUUUGUUGAGCAAGAGAAUUUACUAGAAUACAUUAGAUUAAAUUCCGCUGUGGAGAAUGUCGCCAAGGAUAAAGACACUGGAAAAUGGAUUAUCACAGUUAGACAUCCUCAACAGAAUGGUGAUAAUUUGUGGUACCAAGAAGAGUUUGAUGCCGUUGUUGUAUCGAAUGGUCAUUAUACUGUGCCAUAUUUUCCGCACAUUAAUGGUCUUGCCGAGUAUAAUGCCAACUUCCCCAACCAGCUUAUUCACGCCAAAAGUUUUAGAGAUCUUGAGGAUUUCAAGGAUAAGGAUGUCUUGGUAGUGGGAGGUAGUAUUUCCACAGCAAACUUGUUGCAAUACAUUGUUCCUGUGGCCAAAUCAGUCACUAACUCUAAGAGGGGUAAACAUUUGGUUUUUGCGUAUAUCAAUGAUGCAUUGGUAUCGAAAGGGAUCGAUCCUAGACCGGAAAUUAGUUACAUUGACCCCAAAUCGGGUGAGUUUUAUUUUACUGAUGGUACACUGGGAAAAUAUGAUAAGGUACUUUUCACCACUGGUUAUCAUUACCAUUUCCCCUUUUUCAAUCCUCAAGACAACUACCUCAGCUUGGUCAACCCUGGUAAUUUGUCGCGUGUUGGUGGGUUGUAUCUCCACACGAUUGAUCAGAAAGAUCCCACCUUGGGAACCGUUGGUAUUAUUGUUUCGCAUUUGAACUUUCAUACGAUUGAGGCAAGUGCUGCUGCUCUUGCAGGUGUCUGGUCUGGUGCAUCAUCUUUACCAAAUGUUGAUCCUGAGCAAAAAAAGUGGGAAGAUGAUUUAGUCAACACUAGAGGUAAUUCUCUUUUCUUCCAUUUCUACGACAAUCAUGGAGCUAAAGAGAUUAUUGAUGACUUGGAGCAAUACUUCGCCAAGGGUAGAUAUAAUCCAUUGAUUCGUGAUGGUGAGUUUGUCGAUGAGAUUGAUAAAGGUAGUGACUAUUUGGAAAAAUUGUUUUACGGCUUGAAAGAUAAGACUAUUGCGAUUGAGGAAACAAACGAUUGGAAGAAUGAAACAGGGAAAGGAGAGAUUACAAAAACAGAAAAGAGUACGAAACAAGACAGUGAGAUACCCCUGUUGCAAAAAGGAGUUGCCGGUAUCUCUGUUGCUGAAGUUCCUACAACUGUUCCUGCCUAA